AUGUCGUAUACGUUACUUGUUUUACUAUUGGGAUCUUUUACGUUGAUAUCUGCUGAAACUUCUUCAGUACUUCAUCAGAUAAAAGAACGUUUAGAAAAUUUAGCUCAACAAUUACCAAUAAAAACAUUCGAAAAACUACCAGAUGCUUCUUCCUAUUUAAACGACGAUCUAACAAAUAAUAAUCCGCAUAUAAUCAAUGUGAACGAACAAUUAACAAGCAUUAUUCGUGAAUGGACUCCACGUCUUCUAGUUCUUGAUCCAACAUCUCCUUAUUACUUUUCAAAAUUUAAUAAUAUUUCAGAACCUGAACAUGAUCGAAAUCUUCUUUCUUAUUUACAAGCAAUUGAAACCAAUGAAACAUUUGUUUCUCCAUUUGUUAGUGUAUUACCACACUCAUAUCGUAAUGCUCUUCAACUACUAUCAGUUUUUCAUUGUGAUGAAUUGAUUCAUCCAACGGUACUUUCAUUCUUUCAUAAUAUUGAACUUAUUGUUGGUCCUGGUCAAACUGAAUUGCCCAUAGAACGACAAUCAGAUAUGUUCUCAAAAUUAUAUUGUUCUCUAUAUGGUUCGCCACAAUUUAUUUUACUUGAUCCAACAAAACUAACAUACGAUGCAGAAAUUUUACUUACACAAGAGAAUCUUUCUGAUACAGGUUUCUCUUCUACACGUUUACAAUCUGGUACUUGUUUAUAUGUGCCACCUGAUUGGAUUGCAGGUGCUCAACUUAACAAUAGCAUUUCGUUAGUUUAUACAUUGAAAACUAUUGAAAACAAAAUUCAAAACGAGACUGAUAAUCAACCGUUGUUAUGUACUAGCGUUAAUUCAACGACAUUAAAUAAAAUAGACUUUACUAUUUCUGAUGAAUUCAAUGGCGAUGAAAUUGGUUUCAUAGUUUAUUUCUAUCAGUAUCUCAAUCCUCCUGUUUUCGAUAGACAUUAUACGAAUGAAACAUUUUUCGAAUAUUUUCAACAAGAUAGAAAUGUGUCACAAUUAGUUAUGAAAUGGACGCCAGCAUUAACAACUCUUAUUAAAACUACAUUGUUUAAACAACUUGAUGUAAAUAAAGAUGAUAAAUUUAGUGCAGCUGACUAUUUCGCUAUUAAACGAACACACUUAACACACAUACAAGGCGAAAUUCAUAAUAUCCUUGAAGAAUUACGGCAAGUUGUUAUUUCGCAAUAUAAUGAAUUAAAUGAAGCAAUAGUAAAAAUGACUCAACAAGCUGGGAAUCUAGGUUCGGAUGAAAAUGCAGAAGACAAUGUUUUAGAUAUAUUAGCUAGUUUACCUGAUAUAAUCAAAGAAAAAUUAAAAGAGAUCGAUUUCAAUGGUCAAGCAAUUUUAGAUAAAAUGAAAGAUAAAAGACCUAAACGGCCAUCAAGAAAUAGGGAUCAAGAUAGACACAGUACAAGAGACGAUGAUGCUUCAAUGCUUUUUGAUAAAGAUCAAAACGAAGACAUCAUAUACGCCGAUGAUCAAGAAGAAGAAGAAGAAAUAACAGCAGAACCAUUUAUCACCGAGAAGGAACCUCAUAGAACUGAUUUGUGA